ACCCCUACACUUCUCAGACACAUACUAAAACCCUAAACCCCAAUCUAUUGUCUUAACCCAACUCAACUCCAAACCUUUUGCUUCAUUCAUCUUACUCUUCCCAGUGACCAUGCACAGGCUUUCCAGGCGCUCGGUCUCCUCCGUCUUGCGCCACGGCGGCACACGUUAUCGCAACGCCGCUGCUCCAAUCUCUUCUACCUCUCUAUUCUAUGAUACAGUGGGAGAAAGAGAUGUCAAACAAAGAUGGUACUCGGUAUUAACCACCGGGAAGCAUACUACCAUCAAUUCAUUAACUCAGAUAAACUUGAAAAAUGACUUUUUUUUGGGAAGCCGACAUGAGUCGACUGCAGCAGCCUCUGACUCAUCAGCCACACCACCAACUGAGAGAUAUGAAUAUCAGGCAGAGGUCAGUCGCCUUAUGGACCUCAUUGUGAACAGCUUAUAUAGUAACAAAGAGGUGUUUCUUAGGGAACUUAUCAGUAAUGCAAGUGAUGCUCUGGACAAGCUGCGUUUUCUUAGUGUAACAGAGCCUCAACUUUUGAAGGAUGCAGCUGAUCUUGAUAUACGCAUCCAAACUGAUAAAGACAAUGGGAUUAUAACAAUCAUUGAUACUGGUAUUGGUAUGACUCGACAAGAUCUUAUUGACUGUCUUGGAACUAUUGCACAAAGUGGAACUGCAAAGUUCUUGAAAGCAUUGAAGGAUAGCAAGGAUGCCGGUGGUGACAAUAAUUUGAUUGGUCAAUUUGGUGUUGGUUUCUAUUCAGCAUUCCUAGUUGCGGAUCGAGUUGUUGUCUCAACUAAGAGCCCAAAAUCUAAUAAACAAUAUGUGUGGGAAGGAGAGGCUAAUGCUAGUGCUUAUACAAUUCGAGAAGAGACAGACCCUGAGAAUCUAAUACCUAGAGGAACACGUCUUACUUUGUACCUAAAGCGUGAUGACAAAGGUUUUGCACAUCCAGAACGGAUUCAGAAGCUUGUAAAGAACUAUUCGCAGUUUGUUUCUUUCCCAAUUUACACUUGGCAGGAAAAGGGAUAUACUAAGGAGGUUGAGGUCGACGAUGAUCCAGCUGAAGCCAAAGAAGAUGAUAAGACAGAGAAGAAAAAGAAAACUAAGACUGUUGUUGAAAAGUACUGGGACUGGGAGCUUACUAAUGAGACCCAACCGCUGUGGCUCCGCAAUCCUAAGGAUGUGACCACAGAGGAAUACAAAGAAUUUUACAAGAAAACUUUUAAUGAAUAUCUGGAUCCCCUUGCUUCAUCACACUUUACAACAGAGGGCGAAGUAGAGUUCCGAUCUAUACUCUUUGUACCAGCCAUUUCUCCCACAGGGAAAGAUGACCUAGUCAAUCCAAAGACAAAAAAUAUUAGGCUUCAUGUGAAAAGGGUGUUUAUUUCAGAUGACUUUGAUGGAGAACUGUUCCCACGAUAUUUAAGCUUUGUAAAGGGUGUUGUGGACUCAAAUGACCUCCCACUCAAUGUAUCCCGUGAAAUUCUUCAAGAAAGUCGCAUUGUACGGAUUAUGAGGAAGCGUUUAGUGAGGAAGGCCUUUGACAUGAUUUUGGGAAUAUCAUUGAGUGAGAAUAGAGAAGACUAUGAGAAGUUUUGGGAAAACUUUGGCAAGUUUUUGAAGCUGGGUUGUAUUGAAGAUCGAGAAAACCACAAGCGUAUUGCUCCCUUGCUCAGAUUUUUUUCUUCCCAAAGUGAGGAAGAGUUGAUCAGUUUGGAUGAGUAUGUUGAAAACAUGAAGUCUGAGCAGAAGAACAUCUAUUACAUUGCUUCUGACAGUUUGACAAGCGCUAAAAAUACGCCUUUCCUAGAAAAACUUCUUGAGAAGGAUCUUGAAGUGCUGUUCUUGGUUGAUCCUAUUGAUGAGGUUGCAGUCCAGAACCUGAAAUCAUACAAGGACAAAAAUUUUGUUGAUAUUAGCAAGGAAGACCUAGACUUAGGUGAAAAGAAUGAAGAGAAAGAAAAGGAAAUCAAACAGGAAUUUGGCCAAACAUGUGAUUGGAUUAAAAAACAUUUGGGGGAUAAAGUUGCUAGUGUUCAAAUCUCUAAUCGUCUGAGCUCAUCACCUUGUGUUCUUGUAUCUGGGAAGUUUGGUUGGUCAGCAAACAUGGAAAGGUUGAUGAAGUCACAAACUAUGGGUGAUAACUCUAGCUUGGAAUACAUGAGAGGCAGAAGGGUGUUUGAGAUAAAUCCUGAACACCCAAUUAUUAAAAGCUUGAAUGCUGCAAGCAGGAGUAAUCCAAAUGAUGAAGAGGCUCUUAGAGCUAUUGAUCUUUUGUAUGAUACAGCUUUGGUUUCUAGCGGUUACACUCCUGACAAUCCAGCGCAAUUGGGUGGUAAGAUAUAUGAGAUGAUGGGAAUGGCCCUUUCUGGAAAAUGGUCAACACCUGCAAAUGUUCAACAUCCCAUACUCAACCCCAGCGAGCCAGAAACUUUGGAAGCUGAGGUGGUCGAGCCAGUUAAAGUCGGUGAUCAGAAAUGAGCAAUAGGGAAAUGUUUCUUAUAUUCAAUAGUAACCUGAUUUGUUUUUUUUUAUUUUUUUCUUACAUAAGAUUUAUGCAUAACUUUGGCACUGAAUCUGGGGAUAUUGGGAAAGAAGUCUAGUUUGCUCAUUUACUUUCCCAACUAAUAAUAGUCUAUAAUUUUUAAAUAAUGGUGUUUAUGAGUGAACUCCAAA